UCCCGCUAUAAGAACCCCUCCUCUGGCCUCUGCACUUUCAAACCCAACUCACACAAUCUCUCAAAGCUCAUCACCUGCAGAAGAAACACACACACUCACUCGCUCACUGCAGUCAAAAGACAGAAAGAAAGAAAACCCUAAUUAUCUGAAAUAUGAAGAUGGGCAGCUCUGGCAGCAUGGCAGGCAGCAAGAGAAGGCUGUCUUCGUCGUCAGGCAAAGGACUCGGAGGGGUCCUGCGAGAGCAAAGAGCCAGGCUUUACAUCAUCAGGAGGUGUGUGGUCAUGCUCCUCUGUUGGCAUGAUUGAAAACACGAUGACAUGGGGCAAGGAAGAUUUUGGUUUUUCUUUUUAAUUUCUUCUUAAUUUUCCUAUUUUUUUUUCUUCUAUCAUUGAUCUUUGAUCUUCUUGGUGGAGUUGUAAAUAGCCAGAGAACGUUCUUAGGAGAGUUGAAGACAAAAUUUUGUAUGGGAAUUUGGCCUUAUGGGGCUUACAUAUGUACAUCGGAAUAGCCUAAAUAUAUAAACUUUGAUAUGAUAUAACAAGCUAGAGUUCUAAAUGUUUCA